AUGAACACAACAACUACAGCUCUCAAACAAAUUGUUUCCCUUCCUUUCUCCCUCCUCGCAGCCCUACCGCGACCCACCUUCUCCUAUGUACCCACCGCGCACAUCAAGCUCAAGGCCGACAGUAUAGCCAUGGUGGUACUCGUACUUGCGCGGCAUGUGUGGAUGUAUGUGCAAGGGUGGCGGGAUAGUGGGUUACGCAGGAGAAAGGGUGGGAAGGGAGGUGGAGUGGGGAAUGGCAAGGGGAAGAAGGGCAGGGGACGGGGGAAAGCGAGGGGUAAGGGGAAGGAUGUGAGAGGAGGGAGGAGAGCGGGGACAGUGGUUAAGGGGAGAUAUACGCUUGUUUUGCGGCAUAAGAAUGAUUCUAAUCGAGGUUGA